CGGCGCGGGGGUAAUAACUCCAUAGCCAUAUACUCGUGUAGUAGUGUGCUCUUGCACGGUGCGGGUGUAUUCAACGGCGCAAACCCUGGAAAGCAGUUUUCUCCUGGCGGCGUCGGCGUCUGGCGGCGGCGGUGUUGUCUCCACUUCGCUUGUGCGGACGCGGGCGGGUGGUGUCUAUAUUUGUGGACGCGCUGCCUCUCCGUCCCCGUCUCUUGUUCAUUAUGUGUUUGCAUACCUGUCAAUCUAUCGAGUGAUUAUAUCAAGGAGGAAGGUCAUCUUCGUUACGCUCUUGCGUCUCCAGGGCUUGUGUUGCGCGCGCGCAUGGUCUGUCUUCUAUUUUGGAAGAGGAGGGAGUUGGUAAUACUUCCGCUCGCUAUUCUCUCCCUCGUCUCGGCGGUUUGCUAACUAACACGUUCUUGUGUCUUUUUGAAUCUUUUUGAACUCAAACACGUGGUGAAAAGACAAUCAGCGAAGAUGUUCGGGCCAAUCACAGAGCUGGCGAUCCUGGUCGCCUCGCUGGGUUAUCCUUCCUACGCUUCGUUCAAGGCGUCAGAGAAGGGCGAUGACGACGAAGCAAAGCAAUGGCUGACGUACUGGGUUGUUUUCAGUUUUCUGUCCUUCUUCGAGACCUUCACGUCGUGGGCGUUCACGUGGCUGCCAUGGUAUCCGGAGAUGAAGUUGGCGUUCAUCUUGUGGCUGAGCCUUCCCAAGUUCAAGGGCGCGUCCGUCAUGUACGACUUGUACGUCUCGCAGUUCUUUAAGCGUCAUCAAAGAGAUAUCGAUGACCUCCAGAACCAGCUGCAGUCCAGGCUCUCCACUCUGACUGGCCCUGAGGCGAUGGCUGAGUACCGCAAAUAUGUGGCCAAGUACGGACAGAAGGUGGUGGAGCAGGCGGUGUCACACAUGAACUCCUCAGGGGCGCCGGCUGCUCUGCAGGUCGCGGCUGCGGUCAUGGCUAAGAACGGUAAUGCAGCGGGCGCCUCGGGCGCUUCUACGUCGAGUGCCGGCGCCGCCGGUCCUAAGACGGAUUGAGAUAAUCGUUGACAUCAUGCUUAGGUCUACUUUCAUGUCUCAUGUAGAUGGUCGCUCACAAAAAGUUUCUGAUUGUCCUAUAUCGACGUUCGCUUGGGGGGCUGUCGUUUUUUCUUGUGAUUUCUUUGUUCUUCUGUUUUGCUUAUCCGCUUUGGCACUUCUGGCGGUAUCUUGCCCUAUUUCAUAAACAGGCAGAACAGGCCGUCAUCCUUCAUUUGUUUCUACCCGCUCCGUCGCUUGGCGUUCGGGCCAUUUUCGUUGUUAUUCAUUUAUGUUUUAUUUACACUAAAUUGGGCGUGUUAGCGAGUCAAAAGACUGACGGUAAUUCCGAAAACGGUACAUGUACAAUUCCCUCUCUCCUGUCUUUCUUAAGGAAAUUAGCGGUUCCCGCUUCUACGUCGCUGAAGAGAGGAGAAGGUAAGGGUUGAUGAUUGCGUUCGAGCUUGCGUUGCAGUGUUAUGUUGGCGAUGAAGAGGUGGAGAAGAAGAGGGAGGGAGGGAGGUGAGGAUGAGGGUGGUCGGAGACGGUUAACGGUGGCUGCGAUGUGAUAGAACUUGAGAGAAAGGAAGGCAUGUGCAGUGGAUUUUGGCACUGAGUGUUUGAUUGGACAGGAGAGGAAUUCAUGCAUGCGAGGUGGGCUGUCUGGUUCCACUGCGCCAUCCCCCUCUUGAUGGGGGUUGUUCGUUAUCUGCCGUCAACUGCUGAAGGGGCCGUUGAAGCUCUCUCGGUCUUCGGGUCGGGCGGGAUGGAAUUUGUUGCCUUUAUUGGGCUUGGCGUAUCAAGCGUUUCGAACGCUGGUCGUGGCGGUGACAUGGUAUUUACGUUCGUGGGAUUGGGAUUUGUGGCUCGGCGCUGUUCCAUGUAAACGGUCUUGUUACGCCGAGUGUCGCUGAUUGUUGCUUGUACUGGCGCGCAGGGCAGCGCGAAGACGGAACGUUUGGGGUAUUCAAGAAACAGCGCGCAGUUCAUUCACUGAGAAGUCAGUCGGAAUGGCCUCUCCUCUCCGUCCGUUGGGGUUAGUGCCUUCUCUUCGAAGAUCGAGAAGGGUGGUUCUCAUCUCGCCUACCUGUCUCCUUGGAGGCAGCGUGGCUGAAUGGAACCUCUGAAUCUAUCAAGACUAACUAAACGCUCAGACGUUUGCUGCUUCUGAUAG